AUGCUAAGUGGAGGCCACAUUGUCAGGGCCACCUGUCAGUUUUGGGUGGCCCUUUGGCGACGGCCACAAGCAAAUGGACGUGCAAACGGCUCUUAUCGUUUUCCCUCGGAAAGCCGGAGAGAGCUGCCAGAGGGGCGGCAGUGUGUGUUGCUCCAAGGUCAAGUCGCCCUGAACCUCACUGGCGGCAAGGAUGGUGAGGCUGGAGCUGCGGAACGAGCAGACCUCAGAGUACUUGGUGAAUUGGAUGAGUUCAAGGGAAAGGUCUUCACGAUCCAUCCUAGCCAGCUGAUUUGCAAGAUGCACCAGGAUGCAACUGCGUCUUGCCGUUUUCCAAGCUGUGCUUGGUAA